GGGGCUAUUACCUUCCCACCUUUUUUUUAUUUUUUGGCAAUGUAUUUAAGGGUUUUUGUGUGCUCCAGGUUUCUGUGGUCUGUUUUUUAUCGGUAAAAGAAAAUUAAAACCAUAUAUAUUUUAUUUUCUCAUAAGAGAGACAUCUCUAGUAGGAGUGUUCUAUAAUUAUUUAAAAGCGUUCAUAUAUUUUUAACAAGAAAACCCCAAAAAGCCUAGCUAAUUGUGUAUUUUAUAAAUGGCUGUAAAAAUGUGCGUCGUAGGCUAUUUAUAUCGCUGGGAUCGUAAAGUACGGUCAGUUGCGAUUAUUAUAUGUGUCAUAUGAUAUCCGCUGUGUAGAUUUUAGAAACUUAAUGUAAUUUUUUGGGUCUGAAUUGUGUCGAUUCUACAGUUUCCUUGAUAUUGUUAAGCUUUUGUUUUCUGUUGGUCAAUAAGGGAACAUGAAAAUGGUAGCAGGUUCGGCUUCUUGUUUACGUCGAAAAUUGCUGUUUCUGAAUAAAGCGAUCUGACAUUGAGUUUUGGAGAUUCGCAUGGGUGAAUCAGUUCUUUGAUCAUUAUCUCUUAAUAUUUUUAAAAUAUAAGUAUAUUUGUUAUGUGAGGAUCUGGCAUGUCUCCGCAGGUUAGGAGGUAGUUAAAGGACCAGUGAAAACCAUAUAUGUUGUGAGAGUCAAACGGCAGGCAGUUAGACAGAAAUGCCAGUGGGCGGAGAUGGCGACCAAGUGAGGAAAACGCAUACAAAUUGAGAACGAACGCACCUAAAAGCAGAUGAAUGGACAGACAGACAGAUAGCUAGACAGGAAACACAAACAGACAAUAAGCCAGUCAGCUAGCCAGACAGACAGACGGACAGACAAAAAAGAUAGACAGACAGACAGAUAACUUGAACUCAUCUCAGAAAUGUGAUGCCUUCCAAAUAAAAACACAAGUACGAAUGGAACAAACCUCGUUUCGAGGUCUUUUCCUUUAGCUUUGAACUUAAUUAAGAGUUAGCCUUGCAUUUUGUUCUCAACAGUAACAUUACGGCGGGGGGGAGGGGCAGCGAUAGAGGCGUUUAGGGGAGGGAAAGACGAGAUAUUAAAAUUCCUUACAGUAGUGACAUAACAAGAACUCUGAAAGUCCAGCUAGGUGUGGUUUUACAAGUCAAUAAACAAGAAUGAAAUGUUUUUGUGCGAUUGGAGUCAUAGCUUCAAGGGCAAGUUCCUCAAGGGAUUUUUACAAAAUUGGAGCGAUUUUCUUCGACUGGGCAGCAAUGACAUGAUCCAGGUAGAAGCGUUACAGGCGGAUAUAAAUUCUUUGGUGAUAAUUUUCUUCCGCGAAAGAAUGAAAGUGACAACAUAUAGUUAACGUCAAAAUAUACUGACUUGAAAAGGGAAGCAGCCUUCUUUAAACAUCUUAAUUUAUCCCGUUCAUACUAAUUGGUCUGUGUUAUUUUAGCGUAAUAUUUUCACAUUUGUUUGUGCUUCGCGGGUUAAUCCUUAAUGAUUCUUAUUUUUUCCAUCACUCAUUGUUAAAGUGUUUAUUGCUCAUUUUCAAUUGGUAUUGUAAACUGACGAUGGAUGAUGUUUCAUCCGAAAUAUGUGUUUUAAUGAAUAUGAACUUAAAUAAGAUAAGAACUCUUAAUGGUAAAUUCCAAAAGAAACAUGCCCAGAGCUUACAUACUUCAAUACAUCGUGUGGUUUGUGAAAGCAAUAUCGUACUUUGUGUCUUGGUAAUAAUAAAAUCAAAAUGAUAAUAUAAAUGCCUGGUCAAAAUAUAUAUAUAUAUUUUAGCCUGAGAAUGUGAGCCCCGCGCCAAUGGACAAAACAUUUCGGGUUUUUCGAGCAAAAGCAAUGCGUGACAACAUCUCGCUGAAAGCGUGACUCAUGUCAACCAAUCAGCCGGCGAGGUAUGUUACAGUUAAUUCAUGCUAGAGCAAUUCGGGAAGUCGAACAGAAGUUAGGCCAGUUGUUGCCGCUGCCGUUUUUUCACCUGGCCAUGGGAUCUAAAGCAAUUCUGACCCCCGAACUUGACGACGAGGAAGAGAAAUGGAGGGUAGAAAUCGAUCACUCCUCAAAGGAUAAGAGAUAUUGUGGCUUGAGCAAAAGACGACUACUCUUAGUUGUGGGUGCAGUUCUAGUUAUUUUGUUAAUAAUUAUUUUACUUUUGGUGUUUCUGGUUAAAACACAUUCAAAGAAGAAAUCUGAAGGUGGCAGAUCAACUCCAGAAUGCCAGGAAAUGAGUUUGCCAGAUCCGAUAAUUCUUAUUUCUAUGGAUGGAUUUCGACCUGAUUAUCUGGACAGAAAUAUUACUCCGAACAUUAAUUAUCUUGCCAGUAAUGGAGUCAGAGCAAACUUUUUGCUCCCCCAGUUUCCGACAAAGACCUUCCCAAACCAUUAUUCCAUGGCAACGGGUCUCUUUCCUGUGCAUAGCGGCAUUGUGGCCAAUAGGUUUAGAGACAAUGUCUUGAAUGACAAUUUUAAGAUCGGAGGAGCAACUGCUGAUGAUCCAAAAUGGUGGAAAGGCGAACCGUUGUGGGUGACCGCCGUUAAGCAAGGUCUUGUGUCCGCGUCAUACUUCUGGGUGGGAUCAGAGGCCCCUGUUGAAGGAAUAUUGCCCAACAUCAUGUUGCCUUACAAUCAGUCCCAUCCAUUUGAAGCUCGUGUGGAUAAAGUACUGAGCUGGUUGGAUUUUCCGCCACACUGUGGUCCGGUCGACCCUAAGAAAGACAGUGGCGAUUGGCGGCCCUCCUUCAUCACCUUGUAUUUCCACGAACCUGAUUACACCGCUCAUCGUAGUGGACCUGACUCGGCAAAGACGAACAUACAAAUCCAACGAGUUGAUGAAAUGAUUGGAAGACUUUGGAAUGGUCUUAAGGAAAGAUCCAUGCAAGACAAGAUAAAUAUAAUCUUAGUUGGAGAUCACGGUAUGGCGCCGAAAAGUUGUACACGAAUAGUUUACACAGAUACGUACAACGUUACUUUAGAUGAUAUAUACUCCCCUCAGUGGUACGGAGGAGCCUUUAUAUCGAUGGAUCCAAAACCUGGAGUUUCAGCUGAAGAAAUAGUGUCUCGUCUGAAAUGUAAAAGUCCUCACUUUCGGGUGUUUUUGAAGGAAAACCUUCCAAAGCGUCUUCACUAUUCAGAUAACAGGAGAAUCGGACGAAUCAUCGCAAUUCCAGAGGAUGGUUGGCUCCUAGGAAUAAAGCUACGUCUUACAAUACCGCAAAAACCUUCCCGUUUUCCUUUUAGCGUGCGCCGAUUAGUACCAACGUUAUCAGUGCCCCUGAACUUUAAAAACCUUAAAGAGCCACCUAAAAUAGUCUUUUUAUUGGUUCCAGGUAUCCUCGGCCUUAAACCCGCCCCGAACGACGGGACGCCUGGUAGUUUGUUGCACCUGUUAGAUCCGACAGCUGUUGACGUCGCUGUUCCUGAAUCAAAAAGCGAUGGUAAUCCUAUGAGAAAUGACAUCUGUCGCUAUCCCAAGAGCCUGGUAGACUGCACACAAUGCAUUUGUCCUUGGUGCCAGGCUAAUAAAAGUGAUGUUGCUCGAUAUGACAGAAUGCUAAACUUCUCAGACGAACAAAUAUCUCAACUGCAAGAAACGCACCUCCCGUGGGGGGUACCCGAAGGCGGAGCCGGUCAAGGAGGCUGCAUUUUAACACAGAACGAUUUUGUGACGGGUUAUAGCACCUCUCUUCAUUUGCCAUUAUGGGUAGCGUACAGAUUAGAUGGAAAGAAAUCCUCUCAAACAGCCACGCGAAGAAACUGUUUUCGACAAGAUAUACGACUGAACGAUUCCCAGACCUCGCUCUGCGCUCAUUACAGGGGCUCUUCUUUCGACCGUGGUCACAUGGCGCCGAAUGCCGACUUUGACACCUUUGACGAAAAUGAUGAGACGGUGAUGAACUCAUUUUUGCUGUCAAAUAUAGCACCUCAACAUCGUGGAUUUAACGGUGGUAAGAUUUUUAAAAGGAAUCUUUUAUUAAAGCAUGUUACGUCUCACCUAUAUUCUCGCUGUUUAGUAAAUCUCAGAAAGACAACAGUGUUGUCCCAGAUCAUGAGAUGAUCUCACUUCGCUUGACUAUGAAGAUCACUUCCGCUGAG